AUUGAGGUUAAAAUAUACAAUUUGAUGUUUGUUGUUUAUGCAACCUAUUGCGUUUAAAUAUUAUUAAGUUUUAAAUUACAUUUAUUAAACUUUAAUGUUUAAAUACACUUUAGGUGAUAAUGUUUCAAGACUUUAAUCAAGGAGAUGAUAACAACUCAUCUCACUCAAAAAGCAAAAGAAAACGAUCCCUGGACAGAGAUGUCGACAAUUCUUGUCAGAUAAUGGUGGACAACUCCGAAAACAUAUUAAAAACACUGAAGAAUUUGUUCCAUGAAAAGCAAAUGUGUGAUGUGCAUCUUAAAGUUGGAAUAAAGAUUUUUAGCGCUCAUAGGCUUAUAUUAUGUGCCACUAGUGAUGUGUUUUAUGCUAUGCUAAUGAGGCCUGAAUGGACAGAAUGGCAUGAAAGCAACGUAGAAUUACAGGAACUACCCCAAUGUGAGGGGGUUUUUCAUUUAUUUCUUGAAUAUUUUUAUACUGGAAAGAUUCUUAUUACCCAUACAAAUGUUAUGCCAAUUUUAGCUUUGGCAGAUAAAUAUAUAGUAAAGAGUUUAUCACGAUUAUGUAUAGAAUACAUGUGUAAACAUGUACCUCAUGCAGCUUCACACAAUCAAUUGUUUUCCUGGUUGCAAUAUACGACAGCCUGUGGUCAUGACGAUGUUGCGGAGACAUGUCAAAAUUACAUAAAAUGGAACUUUGAGGCUGUGGCUAAUACGCCUGAUUAUAGUAAUUUUGAUAUUGAUAUGUUUAUUAUGAUUCUGCAACAAAGUGAUAUUGUUGUUUACAAUGAAAUGGUUUUAUACAAUUGCGUAGUUAGAUGGCUUGAAUUGCAGAAAAUUAAACUGCAACAAAUAGGGAUUACAGAUGAAGAGGUUGAAAAACAAUACAAAAACUUGGUUGAAAUGAUAAUGGAUAAUCUGCGGUUUCCGAUGAUGGCUCCUAGGGAAUUGGCCGACAUUUUAAUUUCACCUGUAAUAAGACACCACAAAGAGUACUUUGUUGACAGAAUGACCAUAGGUAUGAACUAUCAUAAUGGCCACACCGAAAGGUUAGAAAAGUAUUAUUCAAGUACAAAGGGGGCCCUAUUGUUGACGCCUAGACUAUAUACAUCGGAUAGUUGUAGUGCCUUUUUAACCAUAGAAAAUUAUGGAAACAUACAAAAUUACCACACUAGCACAUUUGUAUUUUCAUCGCAUGUAUCCGCAGCUGAAUAUGAGUCAAACAUUAUAAAUGAAUGGUUAGUGGAUUUGUACCCUAAAGGAGUAUGGUUUAAAAAAUGUCACUUAAUAGUUUGGCAAGGGACUUUGGAAGUCCCGGAAAAAAUAAUACAGACUAUUAGACUGUCAUUAACUUCGCGGGAGCUACCUGAAACCAACAUGCGAGUAAAGGUGUCAGUAUUAAUAUAUGGCAUGCAAGGUGGGGUGGAACAUGUCAUGGAGGUCAAAGAAAAAAUAUUUCAUUUCACAGAUCAAGAUAAAGUCAUGAAUUUUGAUAAUUUAAUACCAUAUGAAGACUUAAAUAAAAUGGCCACCACGUCAGACAAUUGGGUUUCCCCAUACCUAGUUGGUCCAAAUAGAGACCAGUUAAAAUUAAAUCUUGUUAUUGCGCCCAUAAGGUAAUAAUAAAUUGUUAAUAGAUGACAAUGUUUUUAUAAUUGUUAAUUAAAAAG